UUUCCCCUCCCUUCCAAGGAGGGAGUAAAUAAAGCAGGCGAGGAGCUGGAGCAGGCGGCUCUUCCCACCGGCUCCUCUCCCCAUUCCCAUGGAUACGUGUCCUGGCUGACGGCUCAUCCCGCGGACAUGUGCGCGGAGGAAGCCGCGGCCUCUCUGCUCCAGCUGGAGGAGACCUUCUCAGCAAGCCUGGCACGGAUCGAUGCCCUGGUCCUGAAGCCUCUGCUCCAGGCAGAGCCAAAUGACCAGAAGGGGAAGGAGAACUUCAAACUCUUCCUGCUCCUCAACGAUCGAUUCCAAGCCCUCUGGAACCUCACGGAGGAAAACUACCGGAUACUGAAACAGAAACGCGGCGACUCCGAGCGCUCCUGCAUCCAGGACGUUUACACCAUCUGGAAAGGGGACCUGUUCCUCAGCAUCUACAUCCAGUAUUUUGUCACCUUUGCAAACUAUGUCGUGGUCCAAGGCUUCGAACACAUCACCAAGAGCAAAAGCGAGGCCUGGAAGCUGCACAAGACGGUGCUGAAGCAGUUCCUGACAGACUUCACCCCCGAGACCUCCAUGGCCCUGGCCCUGUACACUGUCCUGCACAAACCCCUCCGGGAUCACAUCCAGCAGUACCUCCUGCUCCUCACCAAGCUCAAGGAGACCCUCAAAGAGGGCCCUGAGAAGGACGUGGUCACCGGUGUCAUCCAGGAGUACGUGAAGCUGGAAUCUUUCAUCAGCCAGGUCGUGGAUGAAGCCUGUUUUACCAAGGCCUUAUGGAAAUCCUUGGGCUGCAAGUUCACGGACAUGCUGUGUGUUCCCGAGAGGAGGCUGCUGGAGGACAGCAAGAACCUUCCCAUCUCCACCGGCACCAACCGCUCCGACCGGAUCCUGCUCUUCGACGAUGUCCUUGUGCUCAUCCAGGGAAACAGCUUCCAGAGUUUUGACCUGAAGCUCGUGUGGGUGGAUGAAAACUGCGGAGAGAAAUCGGCUCCGGGGCUGCACAGCCUGCGUGUCACGACCCCAGAAGAAACCUUCCUCCUCUCUGCCAAAGACCCGCAGAUGAAGGCCGUGUGGCAGUGGAAGCUGAACCAGGCCGUGCGCCAGGCCCUCAACGGGAAGCGGGAUUUCCCGCUGUGGGGCCGGACGGGCGAGGGCAGCGAACCCCCGUCCUGCCGCUUCUUCUCCUACGUCUUCAGGCUGGAGGGCAGGUUCAGGAGCGCGGCCUACGAGGGGGAGUGGCGCUGGGGGAAGCCCCAUGGCAAGGGGACGCUGAAGUGGCGCGACGGACGCAACCACGUCGGGGACUUCAAGGAGGGCUUGGAGCAUGGGUUUGGGAUCUGCCUGGUCCCCCGCCAAGCUGAGGACAGGUAUGACUGUUACAAGUGCCACUGGUACGAGGGCAAGAUGAGAGGCUACGGAAUCUGUGAGUAUGGGAAUGACUUGGUCUACAAAGGUUACUUCAAGGACAACGUGCGGCAGGGCUUUGGGAUCCUGGAGAACUUCUCAGCUGAGCAUCCCUUCAGAUACACUGGCCAGUGGGAAAACGACAAGAAGAACGGAUAUGGAGUCUGGGAAGACAAAGACAGAGGGGAGAGAUACAUCGGGACGUGGCUGGAUGAUCACAGGCAUGGCCAGGGCAUCGUGGUGACCCAGUCAGGGGUCUGCUACCAGAGGACAUUCCACGCUGAUAAGAUGGUGGGUUCUGGGAUCCUGCUCCUGGAAGACGACUCCGUCUACGAAGGGAACUUCACGGAGGAUCUGACCUUUGUUGGGAAGGGAAAGCUCUCCUUCGCCAACGGCUUCGUUUUGGAGGGAACCUUCACCAACAAGUCGGGCCAAGGCCUCCAGACCCACGGCGUCCUCAACACCUCCAACGAGCAGCUGGAUGAGAGGAUCACCAAAACUCAGCUGGGCCUCAGGGAGUUCCCAGUGGAGAAGAGAUGGAAGGGAAUCUAUGACCAGUUCCUGGAAUUCCUCCAGUCUGGCUGCAAGGAAGAAAUGGAGGAGUCUUUCACAGGGUUCCACAUCCAAACCAGCAAGGAGCUGAGGAAAUCUCAGGAAUAUCUCUUCUGCCAAAGGGGGACUGAGGACAUAUCCUGGAAAAUUGAAGAUAUCCUUGAAGAGCUUGUCCAGCACCAGGAGCUGGAGUCAGUACAGAGUUAUCUAGAGAAGGCGUUGAAGUCCUCCCUGCACCCUCUGGGCAAGCUGCUGAAGGCCCUGACAGUCGCUUUCCAGGCAACAUAUUCCGGGAUCGGGGCCAACAGGCACCUGCUGACCAUGGCACAGGAGGAGGUCAAGUACUACGCCAAGAAAAUUUGGGAAUUCUACCGGGGUUUGCUCCAGUUGGCACUGGAACAGAAAGGCCAACUGUCCCCAAGGGCUGUGGAUGGAGACAUGAGUGACCAGAAGGCCUCCAGUGUGGUCCUGCCCCUGAUCCUGCCCUGCUUCUACCCCGAGCUCUUCAUGCUCUACAUGCUGUACCACGAGAGGGAGGAUGACCUGUACUGCCAGGGCAUCGUGGACCUCAGCCUGUUCCCUGACAUCAAGCUCCUGGAAUUUCUGGAUGUGCAGAAGCACCUCUGGCCUCUCAAGGAUCUCACCCUGACGACCAACCACAGGCGCUCCCUGAUCAAGGACAAGUGUUUCCUGUCGGCCACCGAGUGUUUGCAGAAGCUCAUCACCACGGUGGAUCCCAGGGAAAAGCUGCUGAUCCUGCAGAAAACCUACGAGGAGCUGGAGGGCACCGUGGGCAGGGUGCUGGGCAAGGACUACAAACUGCCCAUGGAUGACCUGCUGCCCCUCCUCAUGUACGUCGUGUCCAGAGCCAAAAUCCAGCACCUGGGAGCUGAAAUCCAUCUCAUCAGAGACUUGAUGGAUCCCACCAACCAAGGAGGAAUGUUUGACUUCCUGCUGACAGCACUGGAGUCGUGCUACGAGCACAUCCAGAGGAUGAGGCUCCACCAGAGGGAGAGUUGCCCCCUGACUCCCAGCUCCUGAGCCCCAGGAUCCCAAGGGAACAUCCUUCCCGCUGCACUUUCCUGCUGGACGAGGAAUCCCUCGUGUCCCUGCUUCUGGCUGCCUCUCAAAGGGAAGAAUUCCUGGAUCAGCUGCGGGUUUUUGGAAUAACCUGCUCCUAAAGCACACACGGGGAUGCCGAUGGAUAAAACCCUUCGAUAUCCAACCUCAGCUGGUGGUUGGGAAUCUCUUCCCGACUGGAAAAGGUUUCUUUGCCCUGUGGUUUCGUUUUCCUUGUCCUGCCAAUCCCAGGGAGCUCCUGGUGAAUGGACAGAAAGGAGAAGAGUUUAUUUGAGAGAAAGCACAGGAAUUCUGGUGGGACCAUUUCUGGUUGGAGAGGUCACCCCACAUUCCUAAAAAAAUCCAUUCCUGGAGGGGGCAGAGGGGGUUUUUUCCACUCCUCUUCCUCCCUGGGCCAAACUCAGGACCUCUCCAUGGCAUUUGAAAGCUGCUAUUCCCCAAUUCCCGUGGUUUAGGAGACUAAAAGGUGUGGAUUUAUUGAAGCCUCAGGGAAUGAAUGUCACACCCGCACCUUGGAUCCGCUCCUGCUGCUCUGGAAUUCUGCAGGGAUUUCCUGUGGGCUUGGAAGAAAAGGAAUGUUGGUCUGGGGGGAGAAAUCCCAACUCCUGGGAAGAGAAAACAUGCAACACUUGUUUUUCUGCUGCUUUUCCGAGGGGAUUUGUGCUGACAGACCCCCCCAGACCCCAAAAUCAGGCUGGGAUUUAGCCUUCCUUUGGAAAAUCAAAGGGGUAUUUGGGAUUUUUUUGUCCCUCCCAGUCCUGUGUGAGGUCCAUUUGGAGAGGUUUUGACACAGAUUUUAACCUGUUUUUUUUUUUUUAAAUUAUUUUUUACAGUUUGACUUUUAAUUAAUUAAUUAAUUGUCCAGGUAACUAAUGAAUUGUCCAGGCAAACACAAGCUCUUGGCUCCUGUUUCUCACAUGGAUUGAUGCUUUAAUAAAUAAUAACACUGAUUACAAGAAUUAAUAUAUUGGGAUGAGAGUCUCCUACUGGAUGUUUUCCGGGAACUUUGUAUUUAAAUAAAGCUGGUUGGAAAUUUGAAGGGAGAUUCCAGGCUUCCCUGCUCCUUAUUCCAAUCUCUUUGCUGCCUUCAAGCGUUGGAGAAUUUGCUUGGAUUCGUUGAUUUUUUUUUUUAGGAAGCACGUGGCUCCUUUUCCUGCCUUGCUCAUUCCUGGGAAUGAAGGGAUUGGAAGUGCCAAAUCUGGAUCCAUCAAUCUCAUUUUACGUGGUUUAACCACCAGUGUCACAACAUGCAGGAAAUGCAAGGCCCAAAAACGUGCUUUUCCGACCAAAACACGGGAUUGGCAGCUCGGAAUCUUUGUCCCUCACCUUUGGGAAAGGUUAAAAAGGAGGGAAAAACUCCAGCUGGAGUUUUGGAGAAGGGAAAGAGCCCCAAGGACCCAACUGCGAAAUUGGAAUUGUGGAGCUGCUUCAAACUGGUGCUUUUCCAACCUCCUGCCAGAAGGUUGGAGCACUGGGAUGGUUUAAUCCACAAAAAAAAAAAUAAAAAAUGCUGUUUUC